AAACUGAGAGGCGGACCCAGUACCGGACUGAAAGGAAAAGGGGCCAAAAGCAGAAGUAAAGUGUGGAACAGCUUUAAGUUUAGAGAGAGACACACACCCAGUACCUACGAACCCAGCAACUGAUUACAAGAUCUCCACGCUAUCAGCUCCUCUUCAUCAUGGCGGGAUCAAGUCAAACAAAGAUAGUCCUGCUGGGAAAAACUGGCAGUGGGAAGAGCGGCCUUGGAAACACCAUACUGGGAGAAGAUCUGUUUAAGGAAAACAUGUCUCCAAACUCUGAGACAGAUGAAUGCCAAGUUGAAUCUAAACAUAUCAAAGGAGUUUCUGUCAAAGUCAUCGACAUGUCCGGCGUCUUUGGAAACAAUACGGAUGAAGAGAAGGUGAAGACUGAAAUUCUAAAGUGUAUCGAAAUGGCCGCGCCUGAGAUUCACGCGUUUCUCAUUGUGCUGAAUGUGGGACGAUACGCAGACCAGGAGAAGGAUGUCAUCAAUAAAAUAAAGGAAUAUUUCUCAGAUGAGGCUCUGAAACACGCUGUGGUCGUGUUCACGCAUGGCGAUCAGCUGAGAGAAGGGCAGAAGAUUGAGGAUUUUAUUAAAGAGAAUCGUGAUCUGAGAAAGCUGGUGGAGAAGUGUGGAAGCAGGUGCCACGUUGUGGAUAAUAAAUACUGGAAAGAUCAGCAGGACGGCUACAGGAGCAACAGGUUCCAGGUGGACCAGCUUCUCAACACGAUAGAGAAAAUGAAAAGCGAGCAGCAUCUCAUCUUACUUCAAGAGGUGGGAAAGUGGGAGAAGCAAUGCCCUGGGGGCAUUAGAAAUUGCCAGUUAACUUGAGCUUUUCAUGUUAGCCCAACUUAUUUCUUUAUAACUGUAAAACAGAAUUGUUUAUGUAAAAAAAAAAGAAAAAAAAAGAAGAAAUAUAUAUGUAAGAAACUCUUUUCUUAUUUGUUACAUUUAUCACAACUUGUGAAUGUAUGUUGAAAAUUUAAGUUUUAAGUGAUUAUUUUUAUUCCUUUUACACACAUUUCAAUUACUGUCAAUGUUACUUUCGUUUUUCUCAAACCAAUAAAACUUGAUUGAUCUGAACUUGUGUUUUCAUUGUAAGUUAAUACAUGUAAUGCAAAAUGACAUUUUUUGGGUAAAAUUUAUAACACACAAUGCCACUUGAUCCUUACAAUGCAGAAUUGUUUGUAUUAGGCUAAAACUGUAUGUUUGAAAUCAGUAACUCCAGAAGUUUUGUCACAUUGUGCACUUUUAUUGUAGACACCAUCAUCUUGCACAAUAUCAGUACAAAGGCAGGUUAUUGUUUUGUCUAAGGCUCCAGUGAUUGGGCGAGAUAUUUCUAUUUUCAAACCAAUCGGAGACAAAGAGGAUCUGUUUGUUACUAAGAGUUUAGUAAGAAUUAUCAUUGAUGUUUAAUUCAGUGUAAGAACCACAGAUGACAGAUUUCUGUUUCGAAAGCAACGGCUUUAUUAUUGUUGCGUCCAACAGUCUCUGACAUGUUGAGGCCGCCACAAACAUACAAUUUGAUUUGGCAAUAAUUUUACAUAUGAAAUGAUAUUUGACUGAACUACAUCUGGCAUUUGCUUGUCCUUGGUUUUGCUACAAGCGAAUGUAACAGCUGGAGAAAAGCAUAAAGCAGGA